AUGCCAAUUCCCGCUCUACCUCCAGGUAGCAUUCUAGGUGUUCGAGGAAAAGACUACACACCUGGAAUUGCGAUAGGAGUGGCGGUUGGAAUUGGGUCUUGCUUUGUAAUCUUGUUGUUGGGCAGGCUGGGAUUAUUCAUCUUUUGGAGGAACAAAACCAAAGCAGACCACAAGAAUAGUGAGCUCGUAAGUAUGAAUGGAGCAAGAAAUAUCCCUAGAGAGGCUUGGAGCUCGGUGAAGGUGGAUUUGGAGCUGUUUAUAGAGGCUAUGUGGAAGAUCUUAAAAUGUUCGUCGCGAUCAAAAGGAUGCUUAGAGGAGCAGCUUCAGGGGGUCCAAGACUACGCUAAUGAGAUCAUGACCAUUAGCCAACUCAGACAUAAGAACUUGGUGCAGCUAAUCGGGUGGUGCCAUGAGAAUCGCGAACUCCUGCUCGUUUACGAGUACAUGGAGAAUCGCAGCUUGGGUUAUCAUAUCUUUGAUGAAGAGAGGUGCUUGGAUUGGAACAAAAGGUACAGAGGUGCUCAAGGGUUGACCUCUAUUUUGCAUUACCUUCACGAGGAGUGCAAUCAAUGUGUGUUGCAUAGAGAUAUCAAGGCCAACAACGUGAUGUUAGCCGCACAUUUCGACCCCAAGCUUGGAGAUUUUGGCCUGGCAAGGCUGGUGGAUCACGAUGUUGUGUCUCAGACGUUACCUGGUGGAACUCGAGGUUACAUGGCUCCCAUAUGCCUCGGGAGGGGGAAGACUAGCAAGGAGACUAACGUGUAUGGGUUUGGAGUUGUGGCUUUGGAAAUCGCCACAGGAAGAGACCAUUCGUGGAGCUGGAAGAUGAGUCAGAAGGCAAAAUGGUGCAUAUUGCGAGAUGGGGUUAGGAGUUUUAUGGUAGAGGAAGGCUUCUAG